UAGACAUAGUAUAAAUUAUAAUAAUGAAUACAGUAGUACAGGAAUAUAUGUAUUAUACAAAAAUACUCCUAUUUAUGUCAAAUAAAGUUAGUCAAUUAAGAUUUUAGGGACUUUAUUCCCUAACUGUACGGGGCAGAAUUUCUGCCGCAGAAACAUAGACGAUACUCAAAGUGGAAAGGAAAAUACUUAAGGUAUUUUAAAUGAUGAUUGAUGAGAUGCAAAAUAAUGAAUGCUAAGAUUUCUCGGACAGGGCAAGUUUAUAUAUGAAGAUUUAUGCUCAAUAAUGAAUAAUUGAAAAUGAGUAUGGAAAACAAUCUAGGAAAGAAGACUGCAGAAGAGAAAAAAAAAUUGGACAUCUAAUAAUAAAUAACCAAUAGAUAACUGUAUUAAUUGAUGAAAAUAUAGAAGGAAAAUCUUGGAGAGAUAGAACUCUUGUUCCAAUAGAGUUUUUACUCUAUUCAUGAAACAGCUCAUGGAAGGUAUAAGAAUAACUAAGAUAUAACUUAUUUGAUUUAUUGACAUUUUUAUAUUGAUGCAACCCGCACAAAACUUGUUUUAGGUCCAUAUGGUGGGGUUAACCAUAGCUUUGAAUAAGGUCCAAGGUUACAUUCGCCUGAUUCAUACAGACACAGUGUAGUAGAUUCUAGUUGCUCUAAUCUAAAUAAACAAAUUUAGUUAUUAUAUUUUUUUUAAAAUGACAACUUUUAUACAUUUAAAUAUUAUACUAUUUAUUUUAUGCUUCUCCAAAAAGUCAUCAGAAAAAUCAGUUACACUUGGGUUAAAUGAAGGUAAUGAUUCGAUUUAGAUCACUCAUGUAAGCAUUCUGAAAACUGCGAGUCCUUGAAAAUAGUGAUUGCAUAUGGAAUAUAUCCUGAUUUGAGUUCAUUUGAUGGAUUAAAUUCAUUAUUUUGUUGUUUACCAGCUAUUCUAAAAAAAGAAUUUAAAUAACUCAAUGAAUAAAAUACCAAGCAUUGUUAACGAAAAGUGUCAAGAAUAUUCUAAGUUAAUGAAAAAGUUUAGAAUGGAAGAUAUUAAUUCGACUGCAAAGUUAACAGAAUUUACAACAGAGUUUGGAUUUACAAAAAAAUCCACUAACCCGUACUCGAUGGACUGUGAAGCAGAUUUAAAAUCAUCAGUAAUGAACAUUGUCAUCAAAAAAUACCAGAAAGUUACUGAAAUAUCACAAUAUACGGAUGUUAUUUCAAAUAAUAUUCCAUUAGCUAAACCAAAGGAAUACCCACACAUGGCAAUAAUUGGUUUUGGGGAGAAGCCUGAAGAUGGCCUGUGGGGUUGCGGAGGUUCACUGAUUAGUGAAAGAUGGAUAUUAACUGCUGCGCAUUGUGAAAAAUUGAAAAAAGAUAGUGUUCUAAAUAUGGCACGUUGGGCACGAUUAGGAGAUUUAAACAUAAUCUUAACAACAGACGACGCUCGACCAAAAGACUAUCGAAUUGUACGGCGUGUCAUACAUCCGUGUUUUAACCCCCCUUUGAGUUACAACGAUGUAGCUCUGUUCCAGUUGGAAAAAAAUGUUGAGUUCUCCGAGUACGUAAUGCCGAUCUGUCUUAAUUCAGAUCCGUCUUUAGAACCUCGAAUACAAGUAGCUACUAGUUGGGGAAAGCCUUCUCUCGAUUCUGUUUCAAUGAGUCAUGAUUUGUUAAAAGUAGAAUUAAAUAUCGUCCCCGGGAGUCUUUGUAAUGAUAGUUUUAAUGCCAUAAGGUCUAAGUUAAAAUAUGGAAUAUUAAACGACAGAAUGAUUUGUGCGACUCCAUUAGAAGGCACUAGCGACGUUUCUGCGGGAGAUUCUGGCGGUCCACUUCAAUAUAAACACAACGAUUCGAGCAUACAUACUCAAUACGGAAUAAUAUCGUUCGGAACAACUUUAGGAGAUGGUCCCGUGGUGUACACUAGAGUAUCAAAAUAUAUUUCAUGGAUUGAAAAUAUCAUCUGGUCUUGAACCAAAUGAAAUUAUUGAUAUAUUAUAAUAAUUCGUGUUAUUAAAGCAUCAACAAUUAUUAUUAUGUUUGAAAUAAAUGUGAAUGUGUUUUUUUUA